UUGUGUUCUGAGUUUUUGACACGACCCUCUUCCCUCCCAGGUACCCCCUGUACCAGCUGGGCAACCCCCAGCUCCGCGUCUUUCGCACCAACUUCUUCAUUCGGCUGGUGCGGCCUGGCACAGCCCAGCCCGAGGAUACUGUGCAGUUCCGGAUCCCCAUGGAGAUGACCAGAGUGGACCUCAGGAACUAUCUCGAGCGCAUUUACAACGUGCCGGUGGCAGCCGUGCGGACCAGGAUACAGCACGGUUCCAACAGGAAGAGGGAUCACAGAAACAUCAGGGUGAAGAAACCAGACUACAAGGUGGCCUACGUGCAGCUGGCGCAUGGACAGACCUUCACGUUCCCAGAUCUGUUUCCUGAGAAGAAGAGCCCUGAGGGCAGUUCUGGGGACCAUGAUGACAUCAGGGACCAGCUCCUGGAGGACCAGCGGCAGAGGCAGAUCCCCGACCCCCGGCGCGGGGGCGUCCCCAGCUGGUUCGGCCUGUGACGGGCAACCGUGACAUGUGAAAGUUCGAAUAAAAAUGCCGCUUAUGCAGAA